AUGAUGUCCCAUGCAAAGUCCGAAGAGCAACCCAAGAACGAGGAUUCUAUCGAUGAGAACGGGAUCCGAACUACAAUUGAGUAUACCGUGAACGAGGAUGGUAAGAGAGUAAAGAUCAUCAGACGCAGCAAGCGCACACUGCAAAAGUCUGUUGUCGACCAUGCUGUCGCAGAGCGCUUGAAAUGGGCCAAAUUCGGACGAGACAAGGGCUCAGCCAAGGGCCCCGAUCGAGCUACGACUACUGUUGGAGAGGAAGUCUUCCUAAAAAUCAGUGCCGGCAACAAGAGUGCCAGCGACGAUAAAGUGGAAGAGGAGAGUGCGAAGACAAAACUUACCAAGGCUGGUGCUGGCAAGGUCGUGUGUCGGCUGUGUAAGGGAGAGCACUUUACUGCCAAAUGCCCUCACAAGGAGGCUCUGGCUGGUUUGGAGAUGGAUCCCGCUGCCGUCGACGAGUCGGGUGCUGCUGAAGCUUCCGGCCCUGCUCACGGUCUCGCUGGAAACGCCACUGGGAAAUACAUUCCUCCCAGUCAACGCAACCCGCGUGGACCUGGUGCUCCGGGAGCUCCGGGUGCACCGGGAGGUCGCGACGAUCUGCCGACACUCCGUGUCACGAAUCUGUCGGAGGACACACAAGAAAACGAUCUCAGGGAGCUCUUUGGUGUCUUCGGUCGGGUCGCACGUGUCUACGUUGGUCGGGAUCGCGAGACGGGUGCUGGAAAGGGCUUUGCGUUUGUCAGCUUCGAGGAAAGAUCUGUUGCACAGAAGGCGAUGGAAAAGGUGAACGGCAGAGGUUAUGACAAUCUGAUCUUGAGCGUCCAGUGGAGUCAACCCCGUCCGGAACAGCGAUGAUCUCCAGCAACAUCCUCUUCGCUACGAAUUGUACUCCUUCGCAUGUGUAUUUGACUGUCGUCCCUGUACCUCGAGACCAUACUGUUCAGGCAAGAGCAUGUGCCAUGAAAUAGUGCUCCGUUGAAUCGCAGCCUCUCGUGUAAAAUACCGCUUGGCAACCACCUCCAUUUUGUGAUGACCUAUAGUGAUUAUUUGAGCAUUCAGACCCUCUACGAAGCUUCUUUGAUAUGUG